AACCAGCCACCAGCAACCCCCCAGACCCGAGCCACAAGAUUCUCCGUGCGACCGAAGCGAGCCGAACGGAACGGAAGCGAGACUACCAGCGGCGAGCGAGAUGGACGGCGGCGCCGGCGAGGAGGGGAAGCAGGAGCGGCACCUGGUGCUGGCGCACAAGCUCUUCCUUCUCUCCCACCCCGCCGUAGACGACCUCUCCAAGGUCGCCCUCCGCGCCGAGGUUCUCGCCGCCGUGAAAUCCGAUGACAUGGCGCCGCUGUUCGAGUCGCUGGUCGCCGCGGGCGUGCUGGAGCCGGACGCCGCGCUGCUGGCCGAGAUGCGUGGGAGGAUCGACGAGGAGAUCCGCAAGCUCGAUGAGAAAAUUGCUGAUGCUGAGGAGAAUUUGGGUGAGAGUGAAGUACGUGAAGCCCAUCUUGCCAAAUCCUUGUACUUUAUAAGGGUUGGUGAGAAGGAAAAGGCCCUGGAACAACUUAAAGUUACUGAAGGAAAGACUGUUGCUGUUGGCCAAAAGAUGGAUCUUGUGUUUCACACUUUGCAGAUCGGAUUUUUCUACAUGGAUUUUGAUCUCAUCUCAAAAUCCAUUGAUAAGGCAAAGAACUUGUUCGAGGAAGGAGGCGACUGGGAGAGGAAGAACAGAUUGAAAGUAUAUGAAGGCUUGUACUGCAUGGCAACCAGAAACUUCAAGAAAGCCGCCAGCUUAUUUUUAGAUUCCAUUUCGACUUUCACAACUUAUGAGUUAUUCCCAUAUGAUACAUUCGUCUUUUACACGGUCCUCACUAGUGUCAUCACACUGGAUCGUGUAUCUCUGAAACAAAAGGUGGUAGAUGCGCCAGAAAUCCUGGCUGUGAUCGGCAAAGUACCUCACCUCUCUGAGUUCCUCAAUUCCCUAUACAAUUGCCAGUACAAGUCGUUUUUUGUUGCAUUCUCUGGCUUGACAGAGCAGAUCAAGUUAGACCGUUAUCUUCAGCCUCAUUUCCGCUACUACAUGCGGGAAGUCCGUACUGUUGUCUACUCACAAUUCUUGGAGUCGUACAAGAGUGUAACAAUGGAAGCAAUGGCUGCUGCUUUUGGUGUGACUGUUGAUUUCAUAGACCAGGAACUGUCACGGUUCAUUGCAGCUGGGAAGCUUCACUGCAAGAUUGAUAAGGUUGCUGGCGUUCUUGAGACGAACCGACCGGAUGAGAGGAACGCUUUCUACCAGGCGACCAUCAAGCAAGGGGACUUCUUGCUGAACCGCAUACAGAAGCUUUCACGAGUCAUUGACCUGUAAGAGUUGCUGUUUCUGUUGGAGCUCCUUCAGCGCCCUGCCAAUGUUUCCUACACUGGAAGGGUGGCUCAAUUUAUCCACCUCGACUUCCAUAAGACAUGAGCAUUGCUCUUCUUGUGUGAGGAACAAAUUUCUAGGAGAACUUGUGUGUUAAGCGUGAAUUUGCUACAUGUAUCCCAAGGGUUUACAGAAUGAGGAAGGUGCAGCUCAAUCCCAUGUACGUUACUUUUGUGGUGAACCUUGGUUUUUCAUUUCAAGUCUCGUAUAUGUGGUUC